UACUUUGCACUUACAGACGUGUAUAUUAUCAUUGCUACUUCUGUCAGAAUAUACCUAUGGAAGAGGCAUCAAAGGGUGAAGGACACCGAGAUAGAGAAACGAGGGAAGGAGGACAUGACACAGGAGGGAAACCUCAGCUGUCUACCUCAAAAGGUGAAUCGCAAGAUGCAGGUAGUGGCGGCGGCAGGAGUGGUAGCAGAAGUGGUAGAAGAGGACAGAGGUCGACAUCAGGUGGGGUGGAUCAUCCACCCCCUUCACAGUCCAUCACACCGCAGGCCUCACUUUCACUUUCUAUCAGCUCAAAGUUGGCACGUGAGCUUGUGGCAGGCUCAACAAAGCAGUUACGCAGACCUACCCAUGUAGUUCGACCCGCACCUUCACCACCAGUUGCUGCACCUGUUACGGACCCUGUAUUACAUCCAACUGCGCUUGUAAAAGUUUUCAGGUUUCUGUCAUUGGCAGAUCUCGGCCACUGUGCUUUGGUAUGUAAAGCGUGGUCCAGAGCAUCCAUUGACCCUCAGAUCUGGAGGCGUAUUGACUUACCGAGGCGGCGCCCCUCAGCCUCACUUCUAGCUGGCAUCGUACGCCGCCAACCUGGGGCCUUGCUCCUCAACUGGAUGAGACCACCACUGACAAAGCAGCAGCUCGCCUGGCUCAUCGUGAGGCUCCCACAGCUACGAGAACUGUCACUGCAAGGGUUCUCCUGGACUGGUAUCUCAGCCCUCAGGUCAUGCACUUGUCCUCCCCUCUCUGUGCUUGAUCUCAGUUUUGUUUCAGGAUUCAAUGAUGUAUCCUUGCGAGAACUGCUGAGCCCACCACCUGAUAUGCGACCGGGUCUGGUAGGGUCUCCUUCACGACUGAAAGGCCUGCAUACGCUCCGCUUAGCAGGAUGCGACAUCUCGGAUAUGGCUCUGCGCUACAUAGCACAGCAUCUACCAAAACUUGUGGAGCUAGAUGUAUCACAGUGCAUUCGCGUGACAGAUGCAGGAGUAGCACAGUUGGCUACACCCCCUGCAACCACGAUUUCCACAUUAGCCUCUCUGGAUCUGUCAUCCUGUCGGUUGCUAACAGAUUCAAGUCUCGACCACUUGGCACAUUGUGAUGCUCUAGUUCAACUGGACCUCCGCCAUACACCGAAUGUCACUGAUGCCGCUCUUGCAAAGUUUGCCGAACAGUCACGACAUGGCCUACAUGUUAUUAAUACAAAAGUGAUAGUUAAGAAGAAAACGUCAUCUGAAAGCCCACCCACCCCAACAUCACCUGAAAAAACAUCACCUGAAAAAACAUCACCUGAAAAAACAUCACCUGAAAAAACAUCACCUGAAAAAACAUCACCUGAUGUGCUGGAUAUGCAGUAGCAUGGAAAUGUGAUAUACUCUGCAUCAGAAACCACUAAGUGCCAUGUUUCUUAUUGUGAUAUUUGGUAGUACAUGUAGUGAGCAUUUAGUUUGUCAGAACUAAGAAAGAUAAGGACAAGCUGGCUAAUGUUCAAUUCAACAUCUUUAGCAUGUACUCUUCUAAUCCUGCAGAUAAUUUGUGUAAUGUUAAAAGUACGUCAUGGUUAUAUGUAUAUAUAUCACAAAAUUGCUUGGCUGAGUUUUGAGAGCAGGUCAUAAAAAUUUCCUGAAAAUUGACCAACUUUUUAGAUGGUCAGACUACGUCUGUACUGAAGUGCACUAUUUUCUUUGCUGUGAUUCACACAUGUAUAUGAAUAACAAACAUGGAAAUUCCUGGAUGGAAAAAAAGUAAAAUAAAGGAAAGGCAACCACACACCAGUCCUCUAUGGGUAAGUGGUUGCCUUUCCCUUAUUUUACAUAUUUUUUUCACAUCUUUAAGAGAUGACAGUUGGUAGGAUACAGCGGAGGAUGAUCAAAUUCUAAAAGACUGCAGAUUUACAAGUUUAAUUUUUAAAGAUUUUUGUAUUAUCUGAUUACUGUCUUGAAGUUUUAUUUUUAUUGGAUUUUACAGCCAUUGGAUUAGGUAAAAAUCUUGAAAGGUGUCAAAUUUUUUUCUGUACGUUAAAAGUGUGUUGGAUUGGAAACUCUGUCUCAGACACUUGCCUUGAUUACUAUUGCUGUAACAUUUGUCACAAGGAAAUUUUGAGCAUUUUGAAUCGCCAUUUCCUCCAUCUUUCAACUUCAUAUGUAUUUUCACAAUAAGUAAAUAAAGACCAGGUUUAACAAUAUGUGAACUGUGAAAUUAUUAUAUUUUGAAGGCUAGCUGGAAGGAAGACUAAUGGCUUGUAUUUGCAUCAAAAAUUGUAGUACAUGCAAUAGUGACCUGUGAUAAUGCUGAUUUCUCUUAUGGGUCCCUUUGUUAGCUUUGUUUAGUCAGUGAAAUUGUGUUUUUGCUUGGGAGCUUCACUAGCCACAUUCCUGACAUACAUAAAAGCUGAUGAUGUUAUAUUAGGAAGAACUUGCAGUUCUCCUCCGUCCAGUACUUGAUAAGAGAGCUGCAUGCCAAUUUUUGUGCAAUAUUUAAGCAUGUGAUAAUUCAUUCUCAUUAUAACAGCAAAUAUUAUUACAUAACUACUUAUAAUGUAAUUUUUGUCCCCCCCCCCCCCCCCCCCCCCAGACAACUGUAUUCACUUAAAGAUGUUAUAUCUAAAGUGUGCUUCUGUUCCUGUAUUGCUGCAAUAAAGGAUAUCUGUUAAAUGUUGACAUUAUUAAAGUGUUUCAUCAGAUGUCUUUAUAAUUUAUUUUGUUCAUCCUGUAAAGUCCUUUUAAAACUGGAUAGGUUUUCAUUGCUGACACCUCGCAUCCUGAAAGAGUGCCUGUCCAAAUGUUAAACUAUUGUAUAAAACACUUGAAAUAAAUCGGUGUAACUUAUCACA